CCCGCUUCCGGGAAUUAAUCUGUAACAAGUGCCUUUGCUGCUUAUGGUGUGUACUUGUUUGAGCUGUGCCCAUCGUCUAAGCAACAGCAGACAACCACCACUCUUUCAAACACACACUCAGGAUGUCAGGGGAUUGUGUUCCUGAGGUUCCAGACCUAAAGGAGAUGGGUGAGGAGGAGCUGUGGGAACUGAUUAACGACAACCGCCACCGGAUCUCCUUAGGAGUGCGACCAUGUAACUUGAUCCCGUACCUGAGGCAGGCCAGGGUGCUCAGUGAGAUGGAUGAGGACGAGAUUCUCUCCUGCCAUAACCUCACCAACCGCUGCAUGAGAACCAGCUACAUGUUGGAUCUGCUGAGGACCCAGGGGAGGAAUGGUGCAGUGGCCUUGCUGGAGAGCCUCAUGAUCCACUACCCAACCCUGUACACCCAAGUCACAGGACGCAAGCCCAGCACUGAGCCCUCAAGAUUGAGUGGCCUGCUAAAGUACUCCGAGCUGACAGAGUAUCUGGUCAGAGCAGUAACAGGAAUGCAGAAGGAGCUCCAGGAGGCACGCAAUGAGGCUAGCACAAUGAGUGCCCGCUGUGCCGCCCUGGAGUCAGAGAUUAGGCAGGUAAUGGAGCACGAGGAGAAGUCCAGAUGCCUUCAGGCUGAAAACGAACGAAUGCAGAGACAUUUUUGUUCUUUGCAACGGGAAGUCACCAAACUGAAGGAUGAAAAGUGUGACUUGUAUGUGCGUUACACAGCAGCCAUCGAGGAGAAAUCAGCUUUAAACAUGCGCCUCCAUGACCUCAACCUCCAGAUUUACCAGCUGCAAAAAGUGCAGAAAACCCAAACAGAGAGUGAGUUCCAGAAGCAGCGCUCAGUCAGGCGCAGCUCUCUGUGUGAGAUACCACAACUGCAAGAGGAAGUCAGGAGCCUGCGCUGCCAGCUGGUGAAGGUCGAAAAGCUGGACCCAGCUCGUCAGGACAUCCUGGCCCAGGAUCUGGCUGAGGCCAUAGGCAGCCAGGUGGAGCUUGCAGAGCAGCUCAAAAUUUACAGAGAGGAUAAUGAAAAGCUGUUCAGAGAGAAACAAGAGCUCUUGGAUCAGAAGGAGCACCUGAGCCUUCAGGUGCAGCAGCUCACCCUGGACUGUAACAUGCACCAGCAGAAGAGCACUGUGAUCCAGAACCAGAUGAGAGAGCUGCAGGCAGAGAGAGACCAGGCAUAUCUGUCCAGAGAUGAGGCCCAGGCCAUGAUCACCCGCAUCCUGAUUGAAAAGGACACCCUGAGGAGCCAGAUAGUGGAGCUGCAGGAGCGGGUCUUCAGCCUGCAGGCCAGACACAGCCCCAGAGAGCAACGGCAGAGCUCUGAUGAGAAUGAGGUUGGCUGGGAUAGUCCGAAGUCCAGCUGUGACAAAUGCUCAGUUCCAAUUAGACGCCGACUUUGCCGCAUGGACGCAGUUAAUCCCACGUCACAGAGUUUCAGCAAUUCAGAGAGUGAAGAUCCUACAGCAUGUAGCAUCCGAUCCCGAAACGCAGAGCCCCCCAGUCUAGAUUCCCUCCGAAGAAGAGAGGGAGAACUACACACAGACAGCAGCUCUGAAGCAGAAACUGAUUCUUUAUUGGACGACUUUGUGUUCCUCGCUGCUGUGGGGAAUGAAGACAAACAAGAACCCAGGCAUAUGCCCUGUAAUGGGCACAGCUCUGAUAGCACGCCAAGAACUUCAGCUCCUCCUUUCCUGAUGCGUUCCCGUCCGAAAGCCAUCCGCAUCACCGGCCGUGUUCUCACCAUCUCCUUCCAAGGGGAUGCACUGCUCAGCCAGCUAACAGUAGUAGGGGGAAAUAAGACAGGAGUUUUUGUGCACCAGGUGACAGAAGGGAGUGCUGCAGAUACCGUCGGCAUCAGCCCGGGAGCACAGAUAGUGGAGGUGAAGUACGAGCAGAACCAGAAGGCUCUGAGGAUGGUGUUGGAGGACUCCACUUUAGAGGAAGCAGUGUGGGCUCUGGGCCAAGUUACAGGCCCCUGCCACCUCUCCCUGCGGUCCAAGCAAGAUGAAUAUGUGGCUCUGCAGCAGCUGCUGCAGAACAGUGAGACAUCAUCCGGAGAUUCCUUCUACGUACGUGUCAACAUGUCUCUGCCCGCUGGCCCUAAUGGAACCCUGGCAGUGUCCUGCAAUGACAUCUUGCAUGUGACCAACACACGUCCUGCUGACACCAAGGACUUGUGGCACGCCAGCCAAGUUCAUCCCUGUCAGCUACUGGACCUUCAGAGUGGAACUGUACCCAACUAUUACAGGGCACAGCGGCUCCUGAUUCAAACAAUUGAAGACAUGAGCUUUCAAAGAAAGGAGUCUCUAAAGGCUUGGCGUGUGGUUGCCCAGAAUAAACAGAAGACAGUGAGGAUUGUCAGCACUGGGCGCCAGGGAAGGAACCCGCUGUGGAUCAGCGUGGAGGACGAACCACCCAAGAGCACAGAUUCAGGUGAUUCAUCUGGAUCCAAAGGUUGUGUAUCCCUCAUGCCCUACUCCCUGGUCACCGCCCACUUCCCACCUGUCUGCAGACCCAUCCUGUUGCUGCCCACCGUCCUGGGACGCAUCCUGGACAAGAAGCUGGCAGAGUGGCAGGGCUUCCAGCUCUGUGAGCCGGAGGUGCUGAGCUCCUGUGAGCACGCAACUCGGCUGCAGAGAUCCGAAAUCCUGGAGGACUGUGAGCAGGGAAGAAAUGGCUGCUACACCCUGCAGAGUGUUGAGAAAGUCAUGAACAAGGGCAUUCACUGUGUGCUGCCACUAAGCCUGGACUGUGUACGUCGGCUGCACCGGGCCAAGGUCUUCCCUAUCAUCAUCUUCAUCGGCCAGUCUGCACGAAGCGCACGUAAACUGAAAUCAAAGCUUCAGCGGCACGGCCAGUCAGAGGAGCAGCUGCUGGUGUGUUCGAGGAGAGAGGAGCCUCUGCUGGACAAGCUGCCAUGUCUAUAUCACAGUGUGGCUCCAGACUCCUGGUGCGACCAGAACUCCCUGCUGACCAGACUGCGAACCAUCAUCUGGGAGGAGCAGAAGAAGAUCGUCUGGGUGGAGCCUGACCUGUGGUGAAAGAGGGAGUAGAAAGGAAUAAUAGAGUAAAACACAACAUAUAAAAAUAAAAUGAAUUAUCAUUUCUGAAAGUUUUUUAUUGUGAUGAUAAAAUAUUAAGAAUAUAUUUAUAUGAUAAACUUUACAUGAGUAUGUAUCUAUGAUACUUAUGAGUAACUGGGUGAAAGAUGGUAAAUGGUCUUAUACUUGUAUAGCGCCUUUCUAUGCUUUUACAACACACUCAAAGCG